AUGUACUGGCUCUCGCUUUUCAGUAUUAUAGCACUUGGGAUCACGACUAACGGGGCACCAUAUCAGAUUAAGUUAUUGAAUUUGCUUAAUGAUGGUGGUGUACGAUCUCUUUUUGAAGUGGACUCAAUGAUCGAGGUUCCUGAAUUUGAAAUUACUUCACCAGCCCAAGUGUCGAGUAACAGAGCCACGCGUUCGCUCCCUUUACACCGCUACCAAAGACGCUUUACGCGCUCUCCUGAGUUGCGAGAUAUUGAUCCGUACCCACAAACCACCGAACUUACUUUUAACGCGUUUGGCAUUAACUUCCAUUUGAACUUGACGAAGAGUUCGUUUAUAGCACCGGACAUGGUGUUGCAAAGAGGACCGGGUGGCCGUGUGAUUAAUCCAGUAGAUUCCUGCUAUUACCAAGGCAAUAUCAUUGGAUAUGAAAAACAGAACAUUGUAACUGUCAGUACGUGUAAUGCUGAAGUAACGACGUCUUUAUCCCGGCAUAAACGCGGCAUCAGGAACCUUGAUGCGAUCACAACCCAGACUAUUGAGCUGGUAGUGAUGGUUGACUCAACAGUUUACGAAUAUUUCGAUUCAAGUGAUACUUUGGUUCAGGAUUUCGUCUUAAGCUUCGUGAAUGCGUUGGACCUGCUGCUGCGGAAUCCUGGUCUCGGCGCCUAUGACCUUAAUUUGAAACUGCUCGGCAUUCAUUUCUUUCACGAUUCCGGAGAACUUGAGGAUCCAGAAGAAGUGACCAGUCAAACGAACCAAUGUGAUAGCGGUGAAGGAUGUAUUGGUGAGCUCAGCCUCAUGAAGGAUCUAUGGGAACGAGUAAAUGAGGGCUAUCAAGCGGACCAUGGAAUAUACCUUACCAAACGCAAGCUAUGUUUUGCUGAUAUGACAGGCUGCCAGCAGUCUGGAUAUGCUCCACUGGGUGGAAUGUGCGGAGGAAGAUCAUCACUUAGCGUUGCCAGGGCUGAUGGUCUUCAAGCAACUAGUGAAGAGGCACAUGAAUUAGGGCACAACCUAGGUAUAGUCCACGAUGGCGAAGCAAGUGGGGGAUGCUACGAUUCGAUGCAUAACAAAAGGGUGCUGAAUAAAAAGCGCUAUAUUUAA